AUGUUUUCAAAGAUUGUUUUGAUUCUGGCACUAUCAACUUUUGCUGCAGCCUUUCCGUUUGUACCAGUGAAAGAAAUUCAUAAGCCAUUGCCAUACUCUUUCGGAUACAAAAUCAAAGACAAGCACGGAGAACAGCAUCGUGAAGAAACAGGAGACGGUGUUGGUGCCGUGAAAGGCAGCUACGGAUUCACAGACGAAAGAGGAAUCCAUCGCCAAGUACACUACGUAGCAGACAAGGCUGGUUUCCGCGCUGUUGUCAAAACAAAUGAACACGGAACAGCCCCACUCGAUCCAGCCCACGUUAAAAUGCUUUCUUCAGCUCACCCCUAUCUUGGUGGAGCUGGCGCAAAGGUGCUGGGUGGUCCAGCCUUGGCUGGUCUGGAAGCAGUUAAAUUCAUUGGUGCUGGCUUAGCAGCAGAAUCAGCAGAAAUUGGAGCACCACUGGCUUUCGAAGGUUCUCCAUUUGGCGAAACAACUAAAUAUGCUGCGCCUUUACUUGGAGGAGAAAUUACAGGCUUUGACAGCAGAUAUGGGGCUUAUUAA